AUGGUCAAGCUGAAUCCAAGGAUAAAGAACGAGAUCCAGAAGCUUUAUAACGCAAACUAUGAAGUCAGGAUGAUCGAGGGAAAGCACACGCAAAUGGAGGUCCUGAUAAACGGCCCAGAGGACUCCCCAUACAGCGGCGCAAAGUACAUCAUCAACAUACUUCUUCCUGACAACUAUCCAUUCAAAAGCCCCUCAAUAGGAUUCACAACUAGAAUAUUCCAUCCAAACGUCGACGAGGCAAGCGGAUCAAUAUGCCUCGACGUCCUCAACCAGAUAUGGUCUCCAAUAUACGACCUGCUCAACAUCGUCGACAUCCUUCUCCCUCAGCUCUUGUCCUAUCCCAAUGCUGCAGACCCUUUGAAUUGCGAAGCCGGCUCAAUGUAUCUGACAAAUAGAGAGAAGUAUAACGAGGUUGUCAGGAGUUAUGUCAAGAAGUAUGCAAUCCCUAUAACAAAGGAAAAGAUAGAUGUAGAAACAAACAACAAUCUGAGUGAUGAAGAAAGCUUGGGCUUUUAA